ACUGGCUGCCCAAAUUGCGGGGAAACCAACCCACUUCUAGUUCACCACAAUCGUGAGCACGAGCAACGUGAGCAGAACCAAGCCGCCCUGGGGCGAACAUGGAUGCGCAGGACUGGCACCGGAUAGUUUUCCGGAUUCGCAACCUGCCAAGCCAUGUUUCCAGUCUGGCCGAGGCCAGCCGGCUUGUCGGCAGAGCUCUGAACAUUCCCGUCGAGCACGUUCUUGUGUACUCGUUGGCAAGAACAUCCGACAUUUGGGACGACUCCCUCUGCAAGGUGGCCACUGCCCAGUUCGAAACACUUCCUCCUUCACUGCGGAAGACCACGGGUGAAGAUGAGUGGUCGAUUCCCCUCCCCGAAGGCGCUCCAGGGCAAGUCCUGCUUCUCGACACGCAUUUCAAGGGCAUGACCGUCCUCAACGACGUCGACCCACCAACCACCCAUCGGGCCGAUUGCAUCGCUAUCUCGGGCCUGGCGAGCCACCCCUUCGGAUCUUGGCAGCCCCGGGGACGCGACAAAACAUUCAUGUGGAUCAGGGACGCUCUGCCUCGACUUGUGCCUGGCAUCCGGAGCAUUAUUUACGGUUACGAUUCCAGCCUUACGCGCAGUGAUUCGUUCCAAUCUAUAAGUGACAUUGCCCAAAGUCUGGUUUUCCGACUGAAAUCGGGCGGUUGGAAUUCUCCAUCGGCGAAGCCAAUCAUUUUUCUAGCCCACAGCCUCGGGGGGCUGGUACUUAAAGAGGCGUUUGUUGAAAUGGCUGAUAGCAAUGCGGCUGUGUCCAGCGUUCUUGACAAUGUGAUGGGGACCAUCAUGUUUGGAGUCCCUAGCCUAGGCAUGGAACAACGCCAUCUUAUGACCAUGGCCGAGGGAGAAGCAAACGAGUUCCUCCUGCAAGACUUGUCGCGCGAAAACGGGGGCAACUAUGUCCGGCAACUGAACAAACGUUUUGAGAGCCUUUCGUUCCUCAGGACUACGCCUGUCUACUGGGCCUACGAAACCAAAUUGUCGCCCACAGUGAAGCGACGGCCCAGUGGUACUUGGGAAAGGACGGGUACCCCCGCCGUUCUGGUGAACCUCGACUCAGCGACAUGCUACCACUGGCGGAAGAACAAAUCAAUGACCAUACCCAUCAACGAGGACCAUGCGAAUAUGGUCAAAUUCUCCAAGGGCCAUGCCGACUUGGGAACCAUCAUACACUUGAUAGAUGAGCUAUGCGACCCCGCGCACCGUCAACACCGCAACGCGGACGGCCAUCAUGUAGACGCGCCCGAAGAAGCGCAAACGAAGCCCCCGCCGGAUCCCGGUGUGCCGUCGGCAAUUGUGCGAGAUACCGAGGGAGAACGGAAGUUGGAAGGUCUAGGUAAUCUACUGUCAUCUAUCGAUUCUCUGCAGACUGCCCUUGACUCGUCCGAACUCGAGCUCCGCAUCAACCAAGUCAGCGAGCCCUUCGUGGAAACCUUCGAGUGGAUCUUCGACCUACCGGUCUUCUCUACCUGGGUACAAGAAUGGUCCGGUCCGAAGCUAUUCUGGAUCCGCGGCAAACCGGGCUCGGGGAAGUCGACGCUCAUGAAGUUCAUCCUCCAGAACAAGCAGACUUGGGAGCUCUUUCACAACCCCACAACCGCAUCACUCGAAAUUACGGCUGCUUUCUUCUUCCACUACCGCGGCACUGCAAUCCAGAAAUCCUUUGAGGGAAUUCUAAGAGGUCUCAUUACCAGAACCCUUGUGCCUCACUACGUCGACUACCAAGCCCAGCACCGGCCUACGUGGGACAAGUACCGGGCCUUACGUGAACAACGAAAGACGAGCGAGUCACGAAAGAAAACUAUCGAAGAUGAUUUGCGUAAAAUUGAAGUCAAGCUAGGGGAAUAUGAUGGGGAACCGUCUGCAGCUGUUGCCGUCAAGCACAUCGAGGCCGAACAGCAUGUUCUCCGCCGCGAACUCAGGGCAGUCGAUGGCGACAUCAAAACCGUGAACUCAACAGUGAGGUCUCUCGCUGCAGGCUUUGCUCCUUACUACAACAUCCCUACGGCUAACUUCCUUAGAAGUGUGGCCAAGGAGUACCAAAAGGGAAAUGAUGGCUUGAUCGCAAAGCUGGAGAGGGUUCUCCGGCGAAUCCUAGACCAAGACACGACGAAAGUGGACCUAUUACUUUUCUUCGACGCUCUGGAUGAGUUUGAUGGAAGUCUCCACAUGAUAAGCCGAUUCCUUAAAGGCCUCGUGCAGCCUUCUCGCACCUCCAAGACACGGGUGAAAGUAUGCUUCUCCGGUCGGGAUUGGAAAACACUCAAAGAGCAUUUCUCAACAUAUCCGGGCAUCACACUCCAGGACCAUACAAGACACGACAUGGAAACAUAUGCAGCAGGGUCGUUAGUAUCAUCACGCAUUAGCCACCCUGCUAUUGUCCGCAUCAUCCCGGCUGUUAUCGCAAGGGCCAAUGGGGUAUUCCUCUGGGUCAGGCUGGCUCUCGGUGAGCUCUUUGAGAUGGUCAAGUCGGAUCCAAAUGCUUCGCCCCAAGCGCUGGAGGAAAGGCUUUGGGGGCUACCAGACGAUCUUUCCGAGUUUUACAAACGAAUUGUUGAACGCAUCAGUGCUUCUAAUCGACGAAAAGCUUUCUGUCUGCUCGAGCUACUUGUCCGCCUGCAAGGUUCUCAUAUGUCCACUGUCGAGCUGCGGGACGCCGUUCUCAUAUCGGACUGCAGAACGUUUGAAGAGGCGCAAGAUGCACUCGCAAUUGCGCAUGCGAUGGACGGCGACGAAGAAAGCCGGUACGAAAAGAUCUGGGAUGAGAUCUCGACGUGGGGUGGAGGGUUGGUUGAAAUCAAGCAGCACGGCCUGGCCGGACGCGCCCAGUUAAUGCACCAGACCGUGUUUGAGUUUGUUGCAAGCAUUCCGUUCAAGAGAAUUGUACUUGGGGACUCGGCCGUUAUCAUUGACGAAAACGGGCACUCAUUCCAUCUGAAGUACUGGAGUCUGCAAGAAUGUUGGGCCAAGAAAAAUGUCGAGGCCGUGAACGGCCUGUUUGAAGAGCUGGUCUCGUUCGCCCCGCCCCGGGGGCGGUAUCAAUUCUUCGCCUUCACGUACAGGUCGCAGGAAACGUUGGAACGACUUGCUUACCACGCUCAGCAGUCGGAGGCCACAACCGGAAGCAGCCACUUCGACUUUCUGUAUAGCAUCCCUUUCAUCGAUCAAGCGCCCAUCUUCUUUGAGGGACGAAGUUGGAAUCGAGAUAAUGUUUUCAUAUCCCUCGUGGCAUCGUGUGGGUUGGCGCUAUGUCUCAAGGACUGGAUAGCCAAAAACCCGCCAAAAGCAUUGGGGAGGCUGGUUUCUGCGUCCUCUGGCACGCCAUGGGAUUUUCCCACCAUCGGCGCUCUCGUCCUCGCACCCCUGCAAACGAACUUCAACGACGGGCUCCUCGUCACCCUACGUCUCCUUCUAGAGAACGGCUACGACGCGAGCAUGGAGCCCCGACUUGUCUCUCUGUUAUGCGAGCAACUUUGGCGGAACAGUCUUCUAAGCUCACAAUCGGCAACCGAGCAGGAGUACCGCAUCCCAGACUCGGCCCUGCUCACCAUAAUAGUCUUGGCGCUUCAACACGGCUGGAGUCCAGAUGCUCCUGCUAAUCUCUAUGGUAGAGACACCCUUCUUCAAUGUCGAGCCCGAGCGUUACAUGUGGCGCCACCCGCGUUAGCGGAGGAAUUGAUACACAACGGAGCAGAUCCUAACCUCUGCGACUCGGAGGGUUUUACGCCGCUUGACUGGGCUCUGGUAGUUCCGUACCAUGUUUCUCAGGGUUGGAAUUUGGCUAGGAGGUACGAGAUGUGCAGCAUAUUGCUCAAAGCUGGGGGAGCGGUGUCGUCCAAGACACCGCGCAAGGUCUGGCAGAACGCACUGGCCGAGUUCAAAAAGCAGGGGUUUGGAAUCCAGUCUCUGCAGGAGAGGCUUACUGCCCAGGGCCCUGAACGGCACCGGCAGGGAGGUGCGGCCAGCCGGCGAGUCCGUCCUUGGUUGGGCAUAUUCCAGAGGGCGAGGAGUGAUGAUAAAUGAGAUACCCGCCGAGUUUUCAGUGUUCUGUAUUUCGAUGUUGUAUGAACAUCACUUCAUUUGUUUCCAUCAGGCUGCACAUUAGGGUUGUGGAUUGGUCGCUAUUGUGUACAUUGGGCGGCGUUGGCCUAUCUAAAACGGCGGCAUUUCCACGCGGAGGCACAUAUUAGUAGCAAACAUGUUUUCAAGCUACCGGAUGGUUCAACACAUCGUCAUGCCAUAAGAUCACAUCACAU